AAACAACACUUUCAGAACUUUCCAUGGCAAAGAUACAUUUUAAGGUAUUUCCGGAGGUAAGAUGCAUUAUUUCUUUUAAAACUAGAAACCUGGCACCUUGGGAACGUUCUGUUCUCAGGUUUUACCUUACGGUUUGGUACCCCUUGGAGCUCCUUUCCCGAAGAAGGUACGUUGGGGGCUAUACAAAAUGGUCAGUUUCUAACACUGUCAUUUCUUUUUCAUCAAUAGUUGUCAUCCUUCUAUAAAAAAAGCAUUUCUUCGUUUUCAGUUUUAUUUUUAGGUGAAGGAGCUGUGUGGUACGCGGAUUAGUCACUUCAUACAAUAGAUGUUUGAUUAGAAAAGUUGGGCACAAGUGAAAUGGUACAAUGUGGGAAUCAGCUGUCAUGGACAAUGAUUGUUCACUCUUCAAAGGAAUCUUAUUGUAAAUCUUUUUUGCCAAGCAAGUAAUUACCUCUUAAUUUUUGUUCUUAUAAACUUGGAUUUUCCUGUAUGCCACACUAUUCGACACCCUGUUGAGUGCUUAUUGUGUCUUGAACACCAUUAAGCACUUGGACCAGAGUGGGAAGCUGAGGAAACAUGGCAUCCUUCACGUAGGACACGUUGUUACGGUUAAGAAGGCGGCAAGAGUAGCUUAGAGCCCAGUGAGCAAAGGUGAUUAAGAAGCAAUGUCUGAAGAACCUGACUUGGAGGAAUUGUAUAGUUUUUUGUUGACAAUCCUGCCCAGGUAGUUCGGAACCCUAAGCAAUCACUCGUGAGUCAUGCCAAGACUGCAUAGUAAUAGUUGGCAGUUUUCUCCCGCUGUCCCUUUAAUAGAACAUUGACUUAUGACUUCAGACCCCUCCCCUCAAUGUGCAAUUCCAUUUUAAUUUUUGGGGUCUCUAGACAUCUCCAAGUGUUUUGGGGGUUCACAGCUCCACAAGGCAUGUCCUAGAGACACACUCCUCAGCCUCCUGAGACACUGAAGACUCAGAGCAGCGGGCAGGCAGCCACCGCCCAUCCCUGCUCCUGGUCACUAGACUCCCUUGGGGCUGGGUAGGAAAGCCACAAGCACACCGCUUCCCGGGCAUGCUCAGUGAAGUCCUAGAGUAGAGGUUUCUAGAAGUUCUAAAAAGCCCUAGAGGCUUCGGACAAGCUAGCAUAGUUCAGACUUUAGAAGACCAUUUUUCGUGAGGGGAAUCCAGUGCACUACCUGGGCUGAAGGACCUUCCCGUCCCAGCUUCCAGGCUGUGGGGCUCGUCCUGCUGACCUGGACCAGCAGUCCCGGGGUGAGAAGCCCCUGCUGCUUCUCAGCUACGCCGCAUGGCAGAAACCUGUGGCCUUUUGAGUCCCCUGAGGAAGGUCCAGUGGCACUUUGCUUGAUAAAUGCUUACACUCGAGCUAUCUCUCAAAGCAAAGGGAUUGUCCCCCAAAGGUAAGUUUAAAAAAAACACAAAACCCCUUAAAACUAUACCUUCAACAGUAUCUCCCUUCAGAUUAGUGAGAUGGACAGGUGUGCACCUGUCAUUAAAGAAAUAAGAUGCCUGUCAUUUGCACUGCUGUGACCUCAGGUUCUAGAAUAUCAAGGCAGCAUUCUUUAGGAGACUGUUUCAGUUUGCGUCGAACCCCCAUUUGGGAUCAGUCAGCUUACAGUCAAAGGGAAAAGGAUAGCCCGAGUGACAAGAAAACCUAUCACUAUGAACUGGUUUGGAAAUGACUUCUCGAAGUUACCUGAGGAUGUCUGCUUACUCAAUAUACACUCACCUCUGUCGCUCUCACUCAUAGCAUCUGAAGAGGAACGACAGUUUAUUUCCAAUGUGAGGGGCCAUGCACCAGCCCAGGCUGUGGUGAAGCAGCCCACCCGGGGCACCGGAGGCAGAGCAGCAAUCACAGUGACUGUCCCUGCAACCUGCGGGGACUGGAGCACCGGCCUCUUCAGUAUCUGCAGAGACAGGAGAAUCUGUUUCUGUGGUCUGUUUUGUCCCAUGUGUCUUGAGUGUGACAUCGCCAGGCAUUAUGGAGAGUGCUUUUGUUGGCCAUUGCUGCCUGGGUCGACCUUUGCCCUGAGAGUUGGCACCAGAGAGAGAUAUAAAAUAUGGGGUACACUGUGCGAGGACUGGCUGGCUGUGCACUGCUGUUGGCCCUUUUCCAUCUGUCAGCUGGCCCGGGAACUCAAGAUGAGAACCUCCCAGCUCUACGUAUUCUCUGCAGCCCCUUCAAUGAAAGACGCCUCUAUUUGACAGAACUCCUCACUCCCUCUUGUCCUCAUCUCAAAACCCUCUUAGUAGAGAGAUCAUUCUCAUUAGGUUUUCACUGAAAUAAAUGAAAAUAAAGGAUCCCCGCUCCUACUGUCUUUAUUGUUGUUCUUUCUUUACUCAUGCCCCCAUUGAAGACUGUUCUUUGUUCAUUUGCUGUGCCUGGAGUUUUGGAAGCCUGCAUCUUUCACCACCUUCCUACUGCCAUCCUUUCCCAAGGGAUAUGCGGGAAGCUGGAUGAAUUGUCAUGCGGCUUGCUCCUGUUGAGCCCCCUUUCCCCAAAGCACCAGUCAUGGGGCAGGAGGUGGUUAAUAUUAGUUAGCACCUGGACUGGGCACCAAGUGUCACCAAAACACAGAAGCAGUAGACUCCUAGAGUCCUGACUGCACGGACAGAGAGCCUCAGGGGGCUGCUGAUCCGGAUGCCUCUAUGCGCCUGGAAAGUCUCCCGCCCCAGGAACAAAACCUUCAAUAGGCAACUGUAGGCAACAGUUCUGGUUGACUUGAAUCGUUUCUCUUCCCAGCCCCUUCCCAAAGAUAUGGCGAAGUCUUAACUCCUGGUAUCUGUGAAUGUGACCUUAUUUGGAAAUAGGGUGUCGUGGACAUAAUUAAGUUAAGAUGAGGUCAUUAGGGUGGGCUGCUGUCCUUACAGGAAGAGGAGAAAAGAGACACAGAGACACCAAUGCAGCCGUGUGACCCUUGUGUCAGGCAGUGGAGUGAGGCUGUCACAAGCCAAGGAUGGCCUGGGGCUACAGAAGCUGGAAGAGGCAAGGUUGUGGAGAGAGUGUGCCCUGCCAAGGUGUUGAUUUUGGACUUCUAACCCCCAGAGCCGUGAGAGCAUGUUUCUGUUGUGGUACGUGGUUGCAGCAGCCCUAGGAAACUAAUACACCCACCCGCCAUCUAUCAGGUGGAUAGAAUCCUCUGGUUUUUGUUACGGCAACCCCACAGAACAGCGCUGAGGAGCCUGGGUUCUGAAGCUGAGCUGUCUGGUUCAUACACUAACGGUGUAAUUAUAGACACAUUUGCUAAUCUCUUUGUGCCUCCGUUUCUUCAUCUGUGAAAUGGUAGUUCUAACCUCAUAGGGCUGUGAGGAUUCUAACAGUCAAGACACAGUGCCUGGCAGAUAGCAAGCAAAACUGGAAAAGACACCGGAGCUUGUGCUGCCUGUCACCACCAAACCCAGUUAGCAGAGAGAGAUUGAAUCUCUAUGGGCACUUUAUUCAUAUGGCCGGUGACC